AUGACAAUGGGAAAGAUCAUCUUCUAUGAGGACAGGAAUUUCCAGGGUCGGCACCAUGAGUGCAUGAGCGACUGUGCCGACCUGCACUCCUACUUCAACCGCUGCAACUCCAUCAAGGUGGAGAGUGGCAUGUUCAUGGUCUACGAGAGGCCCAACUACACUGGCCACCAGUACUUCCUGAGGAGGGGAGAGUACAAUGACAACCAGCGCAUGAUUGGCAUCAACGACUGUAUCAGGUCCUGCCGCAUGAUCCCCAUGCACCGCGGCUCCUACAGGAUGAGGCUGUACGAUCGCCCUGACAUGAGUGGCCAGAUGCAGGAGCUGAACGACGACUGCCCCAAUGUCCAGGACCGCUUCCGCAUGUCCGACAUCAACUCCUGCAACGUGAUGGACGGCCAUUGGCUCAUGUACGACCAGCCCAACUACAAGGGCAGACAGUACUACCUGAAGCCUGGCGAGUAUCGCAGACCCAGCGACUGGGGUGGCCUGAGCCCCAGGAUCGGAUCCCUCAGACGGAUCUCUGACUCCAACAACUAA